AUGCUGCGUCCUCAGAACUUUAGAUGCUUCAGUGUGUCAGGAAGCAGAGCAUGGCAUACAGUGGAGAUGUCUGAACCGGAUCUCGCCAGCUUGAAAGUCAACCAGAGCAGGCUGAUGGAGGAUAUUCACUACACAUGCUCAUGGGGAACAGGCGAGCGUUGGGGAACCGCUCCAACUGAGAUAGGAAUGUCUCGCCUCUCUCUUUCUGAUGCGGAUAAAGAAGUUCGAGACUGGUUCGUGGCAACCACCCAAGCGCUCGGCUGCCACACCACCAUCGAUGCCAUGGGCAACAUCUUUGCAAUUCGUCCCGGGCGACGACAAGGCCCCGCUACUUUCGCAGGCUCUCAUCUCGAUACGCAGCCUACUGGUGGCCGGUAUGAUGGCAUUCUUGGUGUCACUGCUGGUGUCGAGAUGCUCAAAGUCCUCAGUGAAAAUUGGGUAGAGACAGAGUUCCCUGUCGGAGUAGUGAAUUGGACCAACGAAGAAGGAGCCCGCUUCCCCAUAUCCAUGGUCGCAUCAGGGGUCUGGUCUGGCGAUAUUCCUCUUGAGCGCGCCCACAACCUGCGCGAGGUUGGUGGCGGUACUGCAACGAUGAAGACCGAGCUGGAGCGCAUCGGUUAUCUAGGCAAGACUCCGGCCAGCCACGAAGCCAUGCCCAUGGCCGCCCAUUUCGAGCUCCACAUCGAACAAGGCCCCAUUCUCGAAGCCGAACAGAAAAAGAUCGGCGUCGUGCAAGGCGUGCAAGCGUACCGCUGGUUCACGAUCGAUGUGAAAGGACGAGACUGCCACACGGGCACAACCCCCUUCCCCACACGCUCCGACGCCCUCCUCACAGCAUCCAAGCUGAUCCUACACUCGCACCGCCUCGCCACCGCGCACCCCUCCGCCCUCGCCAGCACCGGCAUCCUGACGCUCACGCCGGGCAGCACCAACACGGUCCCAGGCCACGUGCGCUUCAGCCUGGACAUCCGCUCUCCGUCCGACGCCGUGCUGGACGCGCUCGAGGACGCGCUGCGCACCGACUUCGCCGCCAUCGCGCGCGGCGACGCCGCUCCGGGCAGCUCGUCGCUGCUCGGCGGCGCGGGGACGGACGUGUCGGCCGGGUGCACCAGGGGCGUGCCGUGCGAGAUCGAGUGGGCGACCGACAGCGUCAGCCCGGCCGUCGUGUUCCACGAGGAUGCGGUGGCGUGCGUGCGCAAGGCGAGCGGCUGGUACGACGGCACGAGGGGCUUGACUAGAGAUCUGACGAGCGGUGCGGGACACGAUAGUGUGUAUGCGUCGCGCAGGUGCCCCACGGGCAUGAUCUUCGUGCCGUGCAGGGACGGCGUGAGCCACAAUCCGAGCGAGUUCUGCGCGCCGGAGGACUGUGCGGCUGGGGCGCAGGUGCUGUUGGGGAGCGUGUUGGCCUUUGAUCGGAUGAGGGCGGAGCGGAGGGUGACAUGGGCGCAGGAGGAGAGGAGGGCUUGA